AUGGAAAGCGUUAGCAGUAGUAGGCUAUACAUGGACUAUGCUUCAGUGCUUUCUUGCAUCAGUAUUUCAGUACCUGUGCUUCGGUUUCUGGCAUUUUCGUUUUAUCUUUGUGAAAAAUCAGGUUAG